CGUCUCCCGUAUCCACACCUGUGACAUGAAAAACGAGAGAGAGGCGGAUUUUAUCAAAAACCAGGAGAGGGACGGACGUAGAAGUAAGCACAACCCUAACGCCUAAAACGUAUCGAUCAUUAUUAUUACCCUAUAAUUAUUGUAAGGGGAAAGGAGAAAUAGGAAGGAAAAGACGAGGUUUCUCUCCUUUCCACGCAAUUAAUCUUCCCUCUCUCCUUCAAUCCAUCGCCGCUUGGGUUAGCUUCCAAUAAUUCCCUUUUGCCGCUCCCCUUUAUCUAUUUCUCUUCCCCUCCCCCGCGCUCUCUCUUUCGCCCUUUCAAGAACUCUUCGUUGUUCCGUCUUCCUCGGUCUCUUGGCCUUCGCGUCGGUUUCGAGACGGAUUCUUCUUCUUGGCACCGGAAAGACCCGAUUUUUCCAAGGGUUUUGAUGCGUCGAUCGCUGGGCGGCGUCUAAGUUCCCAUGAUUCGCAGAUGAUAAGAUUGUGGCAUGGACUGGGUGUAUGUGCUUGGUUUGAGUUUUUAUGAAUGAUGAGUAGUGCUCAGAAGGGUGCAAUUGCUCCCAGCAGGUUCGAAUGGCCAUGGAGAAGCGAAGCAUCACUAACAACUCAGUUGCUUAGCGACGCACCACCUGAGAUAGAAUUGUCUGACUACCGAAGGUUGCCAAGAUCUGGUAGCGAGAGCCCAUCUGGACUGCUUAAUGAUGAAGGACUGAAAUCAGAACCAAUUGCUGAUUUAGAUCUGUUCUUUGAAAGGCUGUAUAAUUAUUACUGUGAGAAAGGUCUUCGGUGCAUCAUCAUCAAGUGGAUAGUUGAAAUUUUAAAUGUGAUCUUCAUGAUAUGUUUUAUUGCAUUUUUCUUAUUGUUUGUUGAUUGGAAUGCCUUGCUCCAUGCAAAGUGUGGGAUGGAAGCAGUUGAGUCAGGAGAAAAGCCUUGUGAUCUGGCAAAAGAGGUCAUUAAGCAGCAUCCAUUAGUUCCUUUAACAUUUACCAAAGUAAUGAUUGUUGGGUCCAUGGUUAUAUUGACUUUCUAUGGACUUUUCAACUUUCUGAAGUUCUUUGUACAGUUCAAAAACAUGGUGAAAAUUCGCCACUUCUAUUAUAAUAGUCUUAAUGUCACAGAUCGUGAAAUUCAAACGACGCCUUGGCCUAAAAUUCUAGAAAAGCUUGUACAAUUACAGAAGUCGCAACAACUUUGUGUGGUUAAGGAUCUCUCUGCACAUGAAGUGAUAAUGCGAAUAAUGCGCAAGGAGAACUACUUAAUUGGGAUGCUCAAUAGAGGCAUUCUUGCAUUUCCAAUUUCUUCAUGGGUUCCGGGAGUUGGCCCAGCUGUCAAUUCUAGAACAAAUGGAAGGAAACAUCAUCUAAUCUUACCGAAAACUCUUGAAUGGACCUUGAAUUGGUGCAUAUUUCAAAGCAUGUUUGACAGUAAAUUUUGUGUCCGAAGGGAGUUUCUCACAAAUUCUUCAUUAUUAAAGAAGAGACUCGUGGUUGUUGGGAUUGGGAUGUUUCUCAUAGCACCAUGCAUUAUGAUCUUUAUGUUGGUAUAUCUCUUCCUCCGGCAUGCUGAACAAUUUUAUAAUCAUCCAAGCAUAGCAUCAUCUCGGAGGUGGUCUAACUUAUCAAAGUGGAUUUUCAGGGAGUUCAAUGAGGUAGACCAUUUGUUCAAACAUCGAAUAAACAGCAGUGUUGCAAAUGCUUCAAAUUAUUUAAAGCAAUUCCCAUCUCCUCUUAUCACCAUAAUUGCCAAAUUUAUAUCAUUUGUUUCUGGUGGUUUUGCUGCCAUUCUGAUCAUCAUUGGGAUUCUGGAUGAAUCUCUUCUGGAGGGUCAUGUAUUUGGUCGAAAUUUAUUCUGGUAUGCCGCUGUUUUUGGAACAGUAACUGCUAUAAGUAGGGCUGCUGUGACAGAGGAGCUUCAGGUCCUUGAUCCAGAAGGGGCAAUGUCUCUGGUUGUCCAGCAAACGCAUUACAUGCCAAACAGAUGGCGUGGUAGAGAAAAUAGUGACUCUGUUCGAGUAGAAUUUGAAACCUUAUUUCAGUACACUGGAAUGAUGCUAGUGGAGGAGAUGGCAUCAAUUUUAGUCACUCCAUACUUGCUAAUAUUUGUAGUGCCAAAGCGUGUCGAUGACAUCUUGCGCUUCAUUUCGGACUUCACUGUGUAUGUUGAAGGUGUUGGCCAUGUUUGCAGCUUGAGUUUGUUUGACUUUGAAAGGCAUGGAAAUAGAAAGUAUGGAUCCCCAUUUGAUGCUGCAAGAGACAUGAGGAGUUCCCAAGGGAAACUAGAAAAAUCAUUCUUAAGUUUCCAGAGCACCUACCAAUUUUGGGAACCAAGUGCUCAUGGUCAACUAUUUCUAUCCAACCUUAGCAAAUUUAGGGAGCAACAUAUGCAUCAUCCAGGAUCCCAUCAGCAAUGUUCACCAAACAGGACAUGGCAGUUUACCUCAAGUUUAAGAGGCCAAGGUGAAAUCACUCAUAGAUCAAGGAAUGUUUGCAGCAGGGGCAUCUGUACAAAUGAUUAUCCCUUGGACCACUGUCUACUAGAUUGGUAUUACACUUCUCGGCCUCUGCAUCCAGUAGACAACUCUAAUGACUUGCCCCCAUCAUCUUUUGAUGCUGCACUCAGUCCAGGCCAAGAUAUGUGGUCACCGAUGAACAGACCAGAAGCUGAAUUUGAGGUGCAAGAUAAAAGCUGGGAUCUUUCCUUCUCAGAUAGAAUACAGAGUCACUUAGAGGCUUCCACUUCCAGCCCUUUCCUCAGGGAUGAUAUCGUUCAGCAAAGGCAUUCCGUACACCAUGCUAUUAACCCUUGGUGGGCCCGCCCCAUCCCUCAGUCAUCUGGGCCCCAAGCUAGUUUUCUUGAGCCUCCAAACUUUGGUGAUCCCAAUAUUAGCCAUCACAGUGAUUAUUUGUCAGAGAGAAGUAUGGAGGAUCAAGGAAGUGAUGACAGAGGAGAUGAAAACUGGAAGAACAUCCACACACUGUCUCGGACGAUGUACAUGGAUGACUCUGAUAAGGAUGAAGGGCUUGAUCUCCAUUUUGUGGAUGACACAGGAAAGAAUAGAGAUUCCAACCAUCAAGUAACAAAUGUUUUUGGUGGUCCAUUACUAAGUCUUCCUGUAAGAAUAAUACCGCGGAGCAAUGAUCCAGUUUAAUGAAAUGCACAAAGAUCUAUAACAAUUGAUUUGGAGAACCUGUAUUAGCCAUGCUUUUCAUCUGCAAUGGAAAAGGUUAAGGGCUAGUGUGGAUUCUGAUGUUUAGUAACUGUUGGUGGGAAAUGGGUGGUAUUCUUUUGUGCAUAGAUUCAUUACGCCUAGAACAAUUUUUUUUGGCAAGUAAAUCACGUGAGUUUAGAAUGUUUCUUGUGCCUGGAUGCAGGAAGCCCACCUCUCCCAACCCAGAAGGAAACUGUUUUAAAUGUAAACAUUGAAAUUAUAUGUCAUAUUACUACAAUUCUUUCAGAACUCA